AUGGGUAGUGUAUUCCUUCCGCAUUUGCAUACAGGAUGGCAUGUCGACCAAGCGAUUGUUACAGAGAAGGAAAGAUUAGUUGUUAUACGAUUCGGCACUGACAACAACAAAGAGUGUAUGCUAAUGGACGAGAUACUCUAUUCUAUUGCUGAGAAAGUGAAGAAUUUUGCUGCGAUUUACCUUUGUGACAUCAAAGAGGUGCCUGACUUCAACGAGAUGUAUGAGCUUUACGAUCCAAUGACAGUUAUGUUCUUCUAUCAGAACAAACAUAUGAUGUGCGAUUUUGGAACAGGUAACAACAAUAAGAUGAACUUUGUAAUUGAUGACAAACAAGAGAUGAUAGAUAUACUGGAGACUAUUUUCCGAGGAGCCAGAAAGAAUAAAGGUCUUGUUGUUUCUCCGUAUGAUUAUUCAGAUAGAAGAAUUGAUUAA